AUGCGACCGGGCUACCCUUGUCAGAAUUGCAUCAAGGCAGUCUGCAUCGCGGAAUGCACAUACACCCAUCAUCCUGUGCCCAAUCAAUCUAAAUCCCAUGACCCCGCAAAUGCCUCCCUUCCAAAGCCGAAACCGCAACCGCUACCGAAACGAGUCCACCUCGACGUCUCCGAGGAAUCCGACCAGCGGGGCCAGCUGGACCCUCCUCGGAACGGCAUCAUCGAAGAUCUACAGCGCCGCGUGCUUCAUCUCGAGGAGCUUGCCGCUAUUCGAUUGAAUUCUACCGACUUGGAUCCUCUAAGAAAUGCCACCAUUCCAAGCCCCGGGCCUCAGGAGAACCCAACUCUUUCUACUACUCCUUCCCAAGGCACGUUGGUGAUCAAAGGAUCUCGCUCCCGUUACCAUGGCCAGAAUAACAGGAUCACCCUUCUCAAUCAAUUCCCAGACGCCAAAGCGUUUAUAAAUCAUUGUGGCACGGACUCCAGCCUCGUCGGACUAGCCAAAGAAGUCCAGUUUCUCCAGAGCAAGUUUCAGAUACCAACGGCCUCUCCCGAAUCUCUGUCGGAGUUGGAGUCUUUUCCGGAGUUACAGUGUCUCCUAGACUCUCUUCCGCCAAAACCUCUCUGUGAUCACCUGGUGGAUGUGUAUACAAAGAACUUCGAAAAGGCCUUGAGGAUUUUUCAUGUCCCCUUCUUCUUACGACAAUACUCGAGGCUUUGGGAUGAGACAUCGGAUCCAGAGGCUUCUUCGGCGAAAGACUUCGUUCCCCUUCUCACCGCCGUAUUGACUGUCAGUGCUGCAGUAUUGGGCACACCUCUCUCUGAUGAUCACACAUCAUCAUGGCGCUACUUGAAGGAUAGCGCCCCUGGCAAUAUUCUCAGAUGGCUGAGAAAGCUGCCGCGGAAACAAAGAACAGAAAUGGCCACUCUUCAAACCGAAACGCUUCUUUUGCUUUCACGCCAACUGCGUCUCGCGGAUGCAGAGGAGUUGUGGAAGGCUAGUGGGGAACUGGUGCGCUCUGCGAUGGUGAUGGGUCUUCACAUAAACACCCACAGCUCUACCGAGAUCACUCCUUUUCAGGCUGAAUGCCGAAAGCGUCUUUGGAUUACUAUUGCUGAAAUUGAUCUCCAGAUGUCUAUCUCUGCUGGGAUGCCAAUAAUGAUUCCGGAAUUGGAUUUUCAGCUUCUGACCCCAGCUAACCUCCAUGACUCGGACUUUGAUGAGACAACCACGACUCUUCCAUCUGCAAGAGAUUUGCUCGAGGAGACCGAUUCUUUGUUCCAAAUUAGCCUCGCUGUCUCGCUAUCCCAGCGAAUUAAAACAAUGAACAUGGCCCAACAUACAAACCCACAGGACAGUCUGGAGACGCGCUGGAAACAAACGCAAAUCCUAGAAGAAAGUCUUCAGAAGGCAUCUCUUUGUCUGGAACGGUCUGAUGAACUUCGAGAGCUUGACUCUUCCGGGCAUGCCUUAAAUCGCGUCAUCCUGGACGCUUUUCUCCACCGACCUCUCCUUGCUCUUCUGCAACCUAUUAUUACCGCAGGCACCCAUGACAACCAUCGCUUAUUCCCUGAAAUUCAACAGACAUUCAUCAAAUCGUCACUCUCUAUCCUUUCCUGCCAGGACUACUUUGACCCAAAUAUCUCUGGCCUUGACUUAUUUAACCCGUCAGACGCAUCCUGGGAAAUUUUCCAAGCAUUAUUUCACCAGGAUAUCCUGAGUGCUGCCCUCAAUGUCUGCAGAUAUAUGCGAAAUCUAAAUCAAGCACCGGCACACCAAGCUCCGACCAAUCACCGAUCUACUUCGAUAACCUUACCAGGUCAGAACGUUAGUAGAGUCAGCCUCAUACGACUCGUCGAGAAUACCCUGGAGACUUUGACGCGUCGCAUUUCCGAAAGGCGGACGAAUGUUAAGGAUAUCCUGUUGCUUGCUGUGGUGCUUCAGUCCGCUCGCGGUCGUGGCACGACAACGCAACAAGAUCUACUCAUGUCGCAGGGUGCCAGAAAGGCACUAUCAUCCUGCAGGCAAUAUUUGCUUUCUAAGCAGUCAAACGAAGCGAUUCCGUUUUUUGCUUCUGACAUUACACAAAUGCCACCUUCCCCUUAUGUCCCGAUGGGGUCGUCUGGACCGCAACCAUCUGCAUCCAACUCCACGCAUCUUGCGGAUCUAUUCGAGCCAUCAUCUGCUCUUGCGGUCGAAUUCAAUAACUUUGAGAGCGAUCUAUUUGCGUUGGAUGAUGAGUUGAAAGAACUCAUCAUCCUGGCGAGCCUUGUUGGGAUCCUGAUCAUGGAGUCGUCGGAAGUUCUCUCGCGACAUAGGGUCAAUGGUCUCUUCCCAGAUACGCUUGCGGACUUCACUAUACUUAUCGAGAAUGCUUUCGUCCGCAAGUCCUCUGUGGAUGCCAUUUAA